AUUUUUCAGGCAACAAAUUAGGUUAAAUUUUUCAUGAUUAGCCCAUUUAAUUCCUUUGAAAGGUGGGUUAGUAGAAAGGCAAAUGGAAUGCUCAAAAUUGCUUUUCAUCUUCUUCUCUUCAGUUAAUCUCUGCUUUGCUGCCAUUCCCAACUUCAAGUAUCAAUGUGUCACCAAUGACAACUAUACCCACGGCAGUGCUUACGAGAUCAACCUCCAGCGCCUCUCCACCCAAAUCUCCUCUACCAAGGAUUUUAAUUAUGGCUUCUACAAUAUCACCGUGGGAAAGAAUCCUGAUCGGGUCAACGCAAUUGGACUCUGUAGAGGCGACAUAAAGCAAGAUGCUUGCAAAACUUGCCUGAACAACAGCCUCCUCGAACUCGAGCAAAGCUGUCCUAACAACAAAGAGGCGGUCGGAUGGUCGGAUUCACGAUGUAUGUUACACUACUCAGGUCGAGAUAUUUUUGGAACCAAGGAAACCACUCCUGACUCAUUUGAAACAACUGGCAGAAAAUCACCCAAUGUAGAUCGAUUCAAUCUGGCAUUGACUGUUGAUGAAAUUAUUGAGCUUGAGUCCUUGCAAUAUGACUUUGCCACUAUCGGGGCAGCUACAAAUAACUUCAGCGAUGAAAAUAAGCUUGGACAAGGAGGAUUCGGAGCUGUUUACAAGGGCCAGCUUCCCAACGGACAAGAUGUAGCUGUUAAAAGGCUAUCUAGGGGUUCCGGACAAGGAGACUUAGAGUUUAAGAAUGAAGUUGUCUUAAUGGCCAACCUUCAACACCGCAAUCUAGUCAAGCUCCUUGGUUUCUGCUUGAAAGGAGAUGAAAGACUUCUCAUCUAUGAAUUUAUGCCAAACUCGAGUCUUGAUCAUUUCAUAUUUGAUCCAAUAAACAAGGCCCAAUUAAAUUGGGAAAGACGUUACAAAAUCAUAGGAGGCAUUGCUCGAGGGCUUCUUUAUCUUCAUGAAGACUCUCAACUACGAGUUAUUCAUCGGGAUCUUAAGCCCAACAAUGUUUUGCUAGAUGAAGAGAUGAAUCCAAAAAUUUCAGAUUUUGGUAUGGCAAGAUUGUUUGUGGUAGAUGAUACUCAAGACUCUACAAGUAGGGUUGCUGGAACAUAUGGAUAUAUGGCUCCAGAAUAUGUUACGCAUGGACACUUCUCAGUAAAGAGUGAUGUUUUUAGUUUCGGCGUAAUGCUUUUGGAGAUUUUGAGUGGUCAAAAGAAUAAUUCUCCUUGCAAUGGGGAGGAUGUAGCAAACCUAAUAAGUCUAGCAUGGAGAAAUUGGAGGGAUGGGACCGCACUAAAUGUUGUAGAUCCCAAUUUGAGAGCGGGUUCAACUGCUCAAAUGAUAAGAUGCAUCCAUGUCGGAUUACUUUGUGUGCAAAAAAAUCAACUACAAAGACCAACUAUGGGAUCAAUUAUUGUCAUGCUUACCGACAAUUCUAUAGCUUUGCCAACACCCUCUCAACCAGCCUAUUUAUUGCAAAGCACAACUCAGUCAGAAAUGUCAUCUUCGAAUGAAUCCCAACAACCCAGCAAUAGACUUGCCUUGGCUUCAAUAAAUUGUGUUUCAAUUUCUGAGUUACAUCCAAGAUAGCUAUUCUGAGCUUCAUUCAAAAUAGAUAGAAGUUGAAGACCUAUAUAGAUUAUUGUUUAUGAAUUCUUAUCGUUAAAAUUUUGGAACAAGAUGUUGUAGUUUCAAAGUGAUAUUAGGGAAAGGAAGGUAUGUAUUCAAUCUUGUCAAGUAUCAAUAAAGAAUAUUUUUCAAC